AUGCUUUUACAGCAGUUUGUUGAAUUAGAAGCUAAUAAUCAUCUUCGUCGAUUUUACCAAGCUCAAAAUGUUUUUGAAGAGCUAUCUGAUAAACAGUUCAUUAAAAAAUUUCGGCUUAGUAAAGAGUUGGCUGGCGAACUUAUUGAAGUAUUAACGCCAUUUAUGUCUGAACAAACAAGAAAAACAUCAAUUUCAAUAGAAAGAAAGGUUUUGACAGCAUUGCGAUUUUUCGCAAGUGGAUCAUAUCAACUUGAUAUAGGAGACAACAGGUCUUCAGGCUUAAGCCAAGCUUCUGUAAGUAGGUGCAUAACUGAGGUUACCGAUGCAAUGAAUAUGUCCGAUGUUGUCAAGCGGUAUGUUCAUUUCCCAGAUUCAUUUGAGAAACUGAAUACUAUCAGAAGAGGAUUUUACGAAAAAAUUGGUGUACCGGGCGUUAUAGGUUGCAUCGAUUGUACACAUAUAGCAAUUUUUCCAUAA